ACUAACAGCUGCGAUGCCUACACUUUUACUGACCCAGUGACGUCAUUCUGGAGAGGGAUUCCCCAGUUCUGGAAUGGACUCAAAAUUUGGGUUUGAUACAGAUAGUGACGAUGAAAUCCCUGCUGGAUGGGAAGAACGGGUGACACUCGAAGGAAAGGUUUAUUAUGCAAACCACAAUACUCGUGCCACACAAUGGGAACAUCCAGCCACUGGCAAAAAGAAACAAAUAACAGGAGAACUUCCUUACGGCUGGGAGACCAAGUUGGAUGAAGAUGGGAGCGUUAUUUAUGUGGACCACAUCAACAAGAAGACAACAUUCACAGAUCCACGGUUAGCAUAUGCUGUGGAGGAUGAUAAAUCAUUGUUUGGUGGUCAGAAACGAGACAUCAGGCAAAAAUAUGAUGGUCAUACAAGUGGCCUUCAGAUUCUUCAGGGACGUGAUAUUUCCAAAAAAUAUGUCAUUGUGACUGGUGGCAAUAGUGGAAUUGGAUAUGAAACUGCUAAUUCCUUGGUGCGGCAUGGAGCCUAUGUUACAAUAGCAUGUCGUAAUAUGGAGAAGGCUAAACAAGCAGUGGACAAGAUCAAGAAAGACGUUCCGAAUGCAAGGCUAGAAUACAUGCCACUUGAUCUGUGCUCACUCAAAAGUAUUCAAGAGUUUGUUAGGUUAUAUGAUGAAAGAGAGUGGCCACUCCAUGUCUUGGUGUUGAAUGCAGGUGUCAUGUGGUUGCCUUGGGAGCAGACUGAAGAUGGAUUUGAAAGGACCAUGCAAACCAAUUAUAUUGGUAAUUUCUAUUUGACCAAGUUGUUGGCUAGGAAGAUGCUGGCCUCAGCGCCCGCCAGGGUUGUGGUAGUGGCUGCUGAGUCCCAUAGAUUCUCUGAUAUUGAUAUCAACAACAUCAGCCCAGAAUGGAUCUCUCCGAGCAGUGAUCGUGACUUCAGGUCCAUCAUGGCCUACAACAGAAGCAAGAUAUGCAGCAUGCUGUUCUCACAUGAGCUAAACAACCAGCUAUGGGACCAAGGUGUUGUGUCCAACUCUGUCCAUCCAGGGAAUCUCAUCUAUACUGGAUUGGGCAAAGAUUCAAAACUGUAUCGCUCGGUUCUGUUCCUGUUUCGGCCUUUUUCAAAAUCAUUGCAACAAGGUUGUGCCACCACCGUAUAUUGUGCCAUUGGUCGAGAGCUGGAGGAAUCUGGUGGCAUGUAUUUCAACAACUGUGUAAGAUGUCCACCCGCACCUGACGCCUGCAAUUCCAGAAUCGCCAAACGCUUGUGGAAAGUGACCGAGGAGAUGAUUGAUAAGAGACUGGAGCAGAUGGAAAGAGAUACCAGUAGCUGACAAAGACAGAAAGACAAAUAAUAACCAUUCCACUGUAUAUAAUGAAGGCACUUUGUUCUAGUCUGAUCUGUAGCUGUCUUUUCUAAUAAAUUUUUUUCAAAACUAAAAUUAUUUGU